AUGUCUGGCUGCCCAGCUGUGGAUCUGGUCUGCAAGGAGGAGCUGAAGUGCCAAGAUGGCCCAUUCCCCAAGGGAGAAAGGGGCAAGAGCGUGCCAUGGGUCCUGGGCUGCGGCACCACGCACCGCCGAAGCGGUACCUUCGCUGCCAAAGCGGUACCUUCGCUGCUGGGAGCGCUGCCCUUCCACACUGGCUAUCGCAAGUACAGAGUUUCUGUGCACUUGCGGGAUAAGGACUCGGUUUUUUCUGCGGUGAAGUGUUACUCAUCAGCGGUACAGAAAUUCUCCCAGACUUUGCAGUCCUUUCAGUUCGACUUUAUUGGUGACACGCUAACGGAUGAUGAGAUUAAUAUUGCCGAGUCCUUUAAGGAGUUUGCAGAGCUGCUCCACGAGGUAGAGCUGGAGAGGUCCAUGAUGGUACAGAAUGCUAGUGAUUUGCUCAUCAAACCGUUGGAAAACUUUCGGAAGGAGCAAAUAGGGUUCACCAAGGAAAGAAAGAAAAAGUUUGAGAAGGAUGGUGAGAAGUUUUAUUCUAUGCUGGAUCGCCAUUUACAUUUGUCUUCCAAAAAGAAGGAAUCCCAAUUACAGGAGGCUGACCUUCAGGUUGACAAAGAGAGACACAAUUUCUUUGAGUCCUCCCUCGAGUAUGUGUACCAGAUCCAGGAAGUACAAGAAAGCAAGAAAUUCAGUAUUGUUGAACCGGUGCUGGCUUUUCUCCACAGCCUCUUUACUUACAACAACCUGACAGUUGAGCUCACGCAGGAUUUCCUCCCGUAUAAACAGCAGCUUCAGCUCAGCCUGCAGAAUACAAGGAAUCAUUUUUCCAGCACGCGGGAGGAGCUGGAAGACCUGAAGAAGAGGAUGAAGGAAGCCCCCCUAACCUGCAAGCUACCUGGGCAGCCGACCAUUGAGGGCUACCUGUACACUCAGGAGAAAUGGGCGCUGGGCAUCUCCUGGGUGAAAUAUUACUGCCAGUAUGAAAAAGAAGCAAAAACCUUACGGAUGACGCCCAUGGACCAGAAGCCUGGUGCUAAGCAAGGCACCUUAGACCUGACACUGAAAUCCUGCGUAAGGAGAAAGACUGACUCCAUAGACAAAAGGUUUUGUUUUGACAUUGAAACUAAUGAAAGGUCUGGGACCAUCACGCUGCAAGCGCUCUCGGAAGCCAACCGCCGGCUGUGGAUGGAAGCCAUGGACGGGAAGGAGCCGAUCUACCACAGUCCCAUCACGAAACAGGAAGAAAUGGAGCUGAACGAGGUCGGCUUCAAGUUUGUACGGAAGUGCAUCAACGCAGUGGAAACGAAAG